AUGAGCACCAGCAGCACAGCAGGAAAAGUAAUAAAAUGCAAAGCAGCUGUGCUAUGGGAGAUAAAAACACCCUUUUCCAUUGAGGAGGUGGAAGUUGCACCCCCCAAGGCCAAUGAAGUUCGUAUUAAGAUAGUGGCUACAGGAAUCUGCCGCUCAGAUGACCAUGCGGUUAAUGGACAACUGUUCUUCCCGCUUCCUGGGAUCUUAGGCCAUGAGGGAGCUGGCAUUGUGGAGAGCAUUGGAGAAGGAGUGACUACAGUGAAACCAGGUGAUAAAGUCAUACUGCUCUUUUCUUCUCAGUGUGGAACAUGUGCUGUUUGUAAACACCCUAAAGGCAACAUCUGCUUGAAAAACAAAAAAACUGUGCCUCGGGGGACUAUGCAAGAUGGCACCACCAGGUUCACCUGCAGGGGGAAGCCUAUCCACCACUUCGUUGGCACCAGCACCUUCUCUGAGUACUCGGUGGUGGAUGAGAUCUCAGUGGUCAAGAUCGAUCCAGCCUCACCUCUGGAGAAAGUCUGCCUCAUCGGCUGUGGGUUUUCUACUGGUUAUGGGUCUGCCGUCAAUGUUGCCAAGGUCACCAAGGGCUCCAGCUGUGCUGUGUUUGGCCUUGGAGGAGUUGGCCUGUGUGUCAUCAUGGGCUGUAAGGCAGCAGGAGCAGCCAGGAUCAUUGCAGUGGAUGUCAACAAAGAAAAAUUUGCAAAGGCCAAAGAGGUGGGGGCCACUGAGUGCAUCAGCCCACAGGACUUUGAGAAACCCAUCCACGAGGUGCUGAAGGAAAUGAGCGGUGGAGGUGUGGACUUUUCAUUUGAAGUUGUUGGUCGGCAUGACACCAUAAUAUCUGCCCUGUCAUGCACUCAUGAGGCAUAUGGCGUAAGCGUCAUUAUAGGGACACCUCCUGUUUCCCAAGACCUCAGGAUGGACCCUAUGUUACUAUUGACUGGACGUACCUGGAAAGGAGCAAUUUUUGGUGGUGAUAAAGUCAUCCCACUCUUUACUCCCCAGUGUGGAAAAUGUGAAGUUUGUAAACACCCAGAAGGCAACUUCUGCUUGAAAAAUGAUGUGAGUGUGCCUCGGGGGACCCUGCAGGAUGGCACAACCAGGUUCACCUGCAGAGGGAAGCCUGUCUACCACUUCUGUGGCACCAGUAGCUUCUCUGAGUACUCGGUGGUGGAUGAGAUCUCAGUGGUCAAGAUUGAUCCAGCCUCACCUCUGGAGAAAGUCUGCCUCAUUGGCUGUGCGUUUUCUACUGGUUAUGGGUCUGCCGUCAAUGUUGCCAAG